CUCGGAUUUCCACAAAGGUUGCAAAUAAUUCUAUAUUGGGAUUUUUUAAUUUUCUUUGUUGUUACACGGAACUCGGUGCACUGGGGUAAUUUUGUACGCAGAUUUCGAAUACGUCAAUCAAAAUAUCGGUCUUUAAUUUUGGUCCGUCUGUUAGAUACUGACAUUUCCGCUUAUUGAAUAAAACUCCAUAUUUUGUCAAUCUACACCAUUUUUAACCACCAUCUCCUUUGUUCCAGGCGCCGCCGAAACGGACGAAGUCGAAGACGAACUCUUCCAUCUACUUGACAUCAUCCACCGCAAAGGCACGCGGCUCAAAGACGAAGCGGAGGCGUUGCACGGCCAACUGCGAUGCUCCGCCCACUCGAUCGGGCCCGCCCACCAUUCGGCAGACGGUCAGAUAGGCGUCGCCGACGGGCCAGUGGGCGUGGCUUUCGAGCGGCAUUUGUUUCGUCCCGCCUCUGCGGAGGACGUGCGGUUGUUGAGAAGGGAGCGGGAUCUGUUGUUGGAUCGGUUGGCAGAGGCGGAAGCCGAGGCGGUUGCUGGGAGGGCGAGAGCGGCCAGAUUGAGGGAGGAUCUGGAUAGUCUGAUGGCUGCUAAGAUGGAUUUGGAGGAACAGCUGAGGGCCGUCGUCACGCAAAGAGGCGAGGUGAACUCCCGCAUCCACGACCUCCACCUGCAAUUCGUGACGAAAGGGGGCGGUGCCAUCACGUCCACUCCCAUAGGCUCCGCCCCUUCGUCGCCGGACGGCCCUGCGGUCACCGCCCCUCCCAAGUACCCGCCCUCAGAUGCCACAAACGACGCCCACGGCUACCAGCGGAGGCGGCAAGUGGGCGGGGCUGCAGAGUUGGACAACGUCCUUGGAGACGGGGUGCCGAAAACGAGAUCGGUGGAUAGCAGGAAAGUGGCGGCCAUCUUGAGGGAGAAGGACUGGCUGACGUUGCAGAGGCAUUUGCUGGCUAGCAGCGUCAGGAAUCAGGUUCUACAAGAGAAACUUGAUUCAGCUGUGAACUUGGAACUCAGUCUUAGGGAUAAGUUAAAUAAAUAUAGGGAAGAGAAUGAGGACUUGAAAUUCCAGUUAGAAGAUAAAAAUAUAGAAUUGGAAGGUACGAGAGCGAGGUUACGACUGUUAGAAGAACUACAUCAAACUUCGACCAAAACUACCGCGUCCCCUGAUAUCAUUCCAGUUACGGAGUCUUCUACUAGUGACCAUCCAAUUUUAUCAAGGUCUGAAAUUACCACUGCUAGCAUGAAAGCGAUGAGCCCCUUGCCUCUGAUGGAUCAGCAUUCCAGUAGCACCGAAUCUGCCCACGACCAUGCGGAAAAAGAACGGAAACGGAAACCUAGCAAAAUACCAUUGAAGAGUUAUACUGCACCGAAACCUCCAGGAGGUAAACACAGUCCAGCCGGUCCGCGCAGCCGCAGCGGCGACCGGCCCCACUCUGCCCAAUCGUGGCGGCACUCCAGGACCGGGCCGGCGCAAGCGGACUCCUCCAGCAGCCUACCAAAGUCGAGGAACGGCUCCUUGGUCACGGCCAAGGACUCGCUGAGCGGCAAGCUACGUAGCGCAGACUCUCUGGGCAGGAACGCGCACGCGCAGGCAUCAGUGACAACGUCGACGGCCAGCGCUGAAAAGGUACGAUCGAAAACAGCUUCCAGCAUAUGGAAUUUCUUCAGGCGCGACUAGGACGAUCGAUGUGACAAGUGACAGACGGACGCAACGCAAGGUGUUUGUUUUCGUUUAGUUGCGCUCUGUCGAAAUGGCACGACACCCCCCCAAGCACGGUCGAGCAACUCUCGAACUCGUCUGCGCAAAGGCCGAUACUCCGUUUCCAUGGAAUCUCUGUUCGUAUAGUAGCGAGCCUGACCUGGCGUACCCAGACUCCCUGGACAAGACCACCUCCUCGGAGAAGACGUCCACCACGGAGACCUCCCGCUUCCAGACGGCGAACACGUUCUGUGGAACACCGGCGCUGGCGGUAGGUACUACGACAGCCAUCGAUUCCAACGUCGCAUCCAGCGUGUUCCACCCGAACGGGGAAGAACUUGCGGAGUGUGAUUCGCUGGAAAAAAGAUUCUCGGGCUCUGACUGGUCCUCCGAUCAGAAAUGAACCGCUGGGAGGGUGGGUUGGGCGGUCGCUCUCAUCGUGGUUGUCGUAUACUCAAUCGGGUUGGAUUUGUACCAUUCUAUACUAUACUCGAGAUUAAAGUAGGUUCUUUGUUAACGAACUUUGAUAUAGAAUACAUUUGAAUCAUAUGUUUAUCGGGUAAUAUGGCUACAAAACGUGGCUCGUUCUGCGAAUCUAAUAUCCAAUUUACUCGUUACGUAUUGAGGAUAAUGAAUAUCUGAUAAAGUUGCAUUUAUAGAACUUCUAUUGAAAUAAUCAUCCUCUUCUGUAGAACCAUGUAAUCUAACAAUAAUCCGUUCUUAAAUCGUCAAUAAGGCUUUGAAAUAAAAAUAUCCGUUUGUUCUUCAUAUAUAAGAAAUGUGUUGAUAGUGGUGAACUAUGAAUAUCUGUAAGACAGCUUUUCAAUAAAAUGAAUGAGAUACGACAACCACUUCAAAUACCUUAUGCGCGGCACAAAAAAAAUUGAACCAAAUUUUUGUACACUUGAAGUCAGUGCCAUUCGUCUCUGUUAUUAGAUUUAACUGAUAUUCAUAGGUUGAUCAUUGAAUAAAUUAGAAAAAUUGUAAGAAUUGAGGAAAGUAUUUUUGUGGUAAAAGUGUUUCAGUUGCGUUUACAUGGUGUCCGCAAAGUUGGAGAUUUCCUUUACGCAACGUAUAGAUCAUGCGAACAUAAGCGGAUUUUCUUAGUAGCAUAUACACCAAUGUCUUAAGAGAACCGAGAUAUUUGGCUCCGCAAACUCAAUCACACCCGAACCAAACCGAAGCCGGUCCUGUCCUAACCCUCGAUCACGUCGUCAGCGUACAGUUAUUCGACAUACUACUACGAUGUAAAUACGGAUUUAACGACAGAGCCGUACUUGGAAUUUUAAUUCAACUGAACAGUACGUCCUUUUGAAAUUAUUUUUUUAACUUGUUCGCUCACGUUUCACCACACAUUAGCUUUGUUAUAUCACGCGUAGUUGUCUGAAAAGGAAAACCCCAACUUUACGUCAAAACAAUCCACAGCCUUUUCGUUUUUUGGACCACAGAUUUCAGGGCCUCCUGUUUUAAUCUCAUUAUAACACGUUUGAUUUAUAACUUGUGAAUAUCGGUACGUAGGAAAUACAUAUUUUCUUUUAGACUAUAAGUGAAAAACUGACUGUAACCUUUUCUGAAUGGACUGAUACCGUGAAACAUUCCUUUUUGUGUGAAGCUGUUUUCAAGAAUAAAUUUGAUAGCAGUCAAUUUCAUAUUACUUGGAAAAUGAUGGUGCUUAUGAAUAGCAAAUAAUAAAAUGUUCAUUUUUAGAAACCUGGUUACUAAAAAUGCGCUCUUCGGUUAUUUUAAAUCGCUGUGUACAGUAUUUUUUAAGUAUUUUCUGUAUAUUGUAUAUUUUAAGUGAUUAGUUUUACCGUAUUUAUUUGGAUUUUUUAUUUGCGCAAUAAGAGAGAUUGUGCAUUAUAUACUUUUUAUUUUGCUGUGUAGGACUGUGAUAAGUAUUGUGCAGAAAAAAGAAUAUAGUGGCAACUUAAAAAAUGUUCCUUAUGGUAUUUACUUCGUUCUAAUGCAAAACUUCUUUUUAUAUGUUACCUUUUACAUUGAUGGACUAGUGUAAAUAAUAGAAUUAACGGGAGUGAUAUUUUCAAAGUAAUUCAAUCAAAGAUUUUCAGUUGAUCUUUUUCUAGAAUGAAUUUUUAACAAAUCAAGGUGGUACGUCCCUUUUAAUAUUUUUCUUCAACCACCUAGUUGCAGCAGUAUUCUAAACCUUUUCAUCUGACAAUUUCAUAGUGUGUAUAGAGAUGACUAAAAAACAAUGUUUUAAUUUUUUUGUGCAUUUUUUCUUCAAUCGGAACUUGUUAACAAAUAUAAGUACAGCUCUGAAAUUGUGUGCGAAUAUUCCUCUUUUAUAGAAGAGUAAAACAAGUGAUACAUUUUAUUCUUAUCACUUUUUUCUUUUCGGAAAAUUUUUAAUUUUCUUGAAGCCUCGUCUCGCAGCAAGUUGAGUUUUCAAGGAAAGCAAAGAUUAUUCAAAGAGAAAAAGUGAAAAGAAUGAAAGUAAUCACUUGUUUCAUUCAUCCAGAAAAGUGGAAUAUUCACAUACAUUUGUUAAAAAGUUACGAUCGAAGAAAAAUUCCACAAUAAUAUGCACAAAAAUCUAUUUUAUUAAAUACGAUGGUUUUUUUAGUCAUCUCUAUACACAUCAUGAAGUAAUCAGAUUAAAAGGAUUCAGAAUACUGUUGCAAACAGGUAGUUGAAAAAAAGGCGAAAAAAAGGGACGUGCGGCCUUAAAAAUGAUAUCUAGUACUGAGAACGUAGAUGACGACGAUGCUUUUAUGGAAUUAUAACUUUGAUAAAAAAGCACAGGAAGGUUGUUCCGCUUUCAGUUUUCUUAGUAUUUGACGAUUUUUUUUCUGGAAUUAUAAUAAUUUAUAGGAUCUGUUGCAAUAGCUAGAUGUUCACAACGAUAAUAGAAUUGAUUUUUAAAUUAUGUGCAAGACUGUUCAAGCGAUUAAGGAAUCAACAGUCAUCUGUAGGCCACAACAUUUGUGAUAUAUGUAGAAAUGCUCAUCACAUAUUUAUAGUUUAUAUUUUCAUUAUAUUAUAUAAGUUGUGUUUGAAAGUAUUGUUUCCGAAAAAUGCUACUCAAAGAAUGCAAAUAAAUAUUUCCACAUGAUACAUUAUCUAGCUGUAAAAUUAUUCCGGAUCAGAUUUAUAAAAUGAAUGUUAUUUUUGUAUCUUUUGAAUUUUUCCUUAGCAUUUUGUGAAUGUUCUUGUUUGCCAUUUUGUAAGUCUGAAGGAAAUAUGUUUGGCACUCCAACAGAACUGGUAUUAAAUCUGCACAUUCUAUGAGAAUGGUCGCAUUUAUUGUCUCCCAAACAAUAGUUUCCAAUUAUGACACCAAUACAACUAGUUUCAUUGUGACAUAAAUUAGUUAUAGAUAGAUAUUAGAGUCGAUAAAAAUGCUGAGUUUCACAGAUACCGUUCUGUUGGUGAGUCUGGGAAUGUCAAAACACUGUCAUGUAUAUAUUUGCUGUUUAUACAUUAAAAAAUCCACAUCAUAUGAACUAUAAAUGAAUAAACAAAUAAAGAUAAUACUGUUGAAAG